AUGACAUCAAGAAAGCUCCGUGUCGCAGUAAUUGGCCCUAGAGGCCAAGCCGGAAGCUGCGUAAUCGACGAGCUUCUCACACGAGGCCACGCCAUUGUCGGCGUCUCCCGCAAUCCCCCAAAGCAAUGGAAGCAUCUUACCGGCGACGGAAUGUACAGUAGUACCAGCGUCGACAUCUUCACUGAGCAGAAGAAGCUCAUCGAUAUCUUCUCAUCAGACUUUGACGCCAUCGUGUGCGCCUUUGGACCUAGCUUGACGAAUCUGGCAAGAGUAUACGAGGACGGUGUCGAGGCGCAUGGGAGGAUUAAAACAGCGCUUUUGGCGUCGACGUAUGAGGGUCCGUUUAUCAUUGUUGGUGGAGCGGGUUAUAUCCAUGUAGCGAACCGUCUUCAACUUACGGACCAAAAGGACUUUGCGUACAGCUGGUGGUGGACUUGGCCUGAUGAGCACUUGGACUACAUGACCGAGCGAGGCCCGGACCACAGGAGCAGGUUCAUCAGCGUCAUUGCCGUCCUGAUGGAAUGGAGCAGAGCCCACAGCGACCGAGAUAGCUCUGAAAAUGACCACGUUCUAUGUGUUCGGACCGGGGAGUACAAGCUGUUCAUCGACACGCCCGAAGACCCGGCGGUAGAGGCGGCGGAGAACGGGAUCUACAAUCAGGAUAUGGCAGUGGCUAUCGUCGACGAGGUGGAGAACAACAAGCUUGCGUUUAAGCAUUGGAGCUGGACGGGGCCGAUCGGGCUGCGCAGGUGGUAA